CUUAAAACGUACAAUGUAGAGUACCUCAUCCCCCACUUUACCGUUUGAAAAAAAACGCAGAACAUUGCAAAGCGGCACCAGUCGUGAAAAGCGGAUGGCGGAGAGACCCCUGUGAGGAAGUUUUUCACAUCAUUGCUUCCCACCGUCGGAGGAUAGUUAACAAAUCAGGAGAGAGCGCGGAGCAGCCACUCCCCCGUGGAACUAUCCCCCCACAGCUAUCCCUACAUGUGUGCGUAGGCUCAUUUUUGUUAUACGUUCGUGUGGUGUCCCAUCCCUAGGGGGAGUGUCGCUCAGCUUCUCCGAGUGCCGCGCAGGCGUAGCGGCUGCGCAGCUUGACGGUGUGGCAUACAGAACGGUGCCAUACCGGCUGUGCUCUGCUUAUACACACGCAGGAGAGCUUCCUCCGCUCAGCUUUGCCCCCCCUCUGUGAGGACUGCACGCUUGAGGAUCACCCAACAUGUUCGCGAACAAGCACGGGUUCAACUCCGUCCUGAAGGACGGGUACCGCAUCGUGAAGAACAACGAGGACGCGAUUCUGAAGAACAUCGAGGCGUGCAAGGAAAUCUGCGGAAUUGUUCAAACGUCGCUCGGGCCCAAGAGCAUGAACAAGCUAAUCAUUAACCACAUUAACAAGAAGGUGGUCACGAGUGACUGCAUCACCAUCCUCAAAGAUUUGGAGAUCAACCACCCGGUGGUGAACAUCCUGAAGAAGCUCUCCGAGACGAUGAAUUACGAGUAUGGCGAUUUUACCAACUACGUUUUUACCCUAACGACGGAGAUGCUAGAUAAAGCUAGCCAUUUGAUUCAGCAGGGGUUUAACAUAAAUGACAUUCUGACUGGGUUCAUGCUGGGCUACAAAGAAGUGGAAAGAGUCAUUUCGAGCGAGCUGAUUGCAUACAAAAUGGAGAGCUUCUCAGACGAAAAGGAAAUUAAAAAGGUCAUCCAAUCUGUGAUGGUGACGAAGAAUCUAACGAACAACUUUGAUUUUGUGAUUACCCUACUGGCAAAGUGCAUAGCGACGUUAAUGCCGGAGGAGAAGGUAGAGCUGUUUGAUGUAGACAAUAUUAGGAUUUCUAAACUGAAUGGAGGGAACCUAAUAGAUUCUCAGUUCAUCAUGGGGAUGGUCAUAACGAGAGAUACACAUGGAAUUGUUAAGAGGAAGGAAAAUGCCAGUGUCAUUGUGCUCAACUGUGGGUUGGAGGCAGCCACAACGGAGACCAAAGGUACCGUACUGCUCAACAACGCUCAGGAGCUACUGAACUUCACCAAAGGGGAGGAAGAACAGAUGAAGAAAAUUAUCGCAAGUAUAAAGAAAGAAGGCGUAGAUGUGAUCAUCGUCAAUGGGGCUAUCUCAGACAUCGCACAACACUUCUGUGACGCUGAAGAAAUUAUGACUCUGAAGAUCCCCUCCAAAUUUGAGACCCUUCGAUUGUGUAAACUCCUUAACGUAACCUCCCUCGUCAAGUUGGGAGUCCCAAAACCGGAAGAAAUUGGGAAGGCCUCCUCCAUUUACGUCUCCGAAAUUGCCUCCAAAAAGGUGACCAUCAUCAAUUCGGUCAAUAAGAAGGUUAGCACGAUCAUACUCAGGGGGGCCACUUACAACCUGCUUGAUGAAGUCGAGCGCUGCAUCCAUGACGGGAUCAACGCUAUUAAGAACGCCAUCAAGGGGAACUCCUUCGUGUACGGUGGUGGCUGCAUAGAAGUUCAACUCUGUGAGAGACUUAAGAAAUACGCCCAGCAGUUAAAGGGCGUCCACAACUACAGCGUAAAAGUUUUCGCAGAAUCAUUCCUAGUCGUCCCCCGUAUUUUGGCUACCAACUGUGGGUACAACAGCACCGAUGUGCUGAAUCAACUCAUUAACGAACACAACAAGGGGAACGUCGAGGCCUGUGUGAACAUCAGCAAGGACUCCUUCGUCACCUCCGCCAAGGAGAACUGCAUUUACGAUAACUUCAGGUGCAAGAAAUACGCCAUCGACUUGGCCGUGGACGCCCUGCAGACCAUCCUCAAGAUCGACCAGAUUAUCCUCGCCAAGCCCGCCGGCGGCCCCAAUCCCCGCGACAAAAACCCGGACUACGACGAUGCCUUUUGA